CGUUUCCUCAUUUCAGUACGAGCGUCCGCAGCGAGCGGAGCUCCGGAGGAAACACCGACCACGGAUAAGACACGACGCUGCUUCAUGACAGAUCUGUGCCUGGUGUGGAUCUAAUGCUGAAACCAGUAUGAGCACUAUAUAGUAGUCUUUUCUUUGGACAUUCACAGACGGGGGACACAGAGAGACGCAGAGAGGCAGCAAGCAUGGCUGUCUUCAAGCUGGAUAAUGUUGAAGACCUUUAUGAGAUUGGAAAUGUGUUGGGAAGUGGUCACUUCGGGCAGGUGCGUGAGGUGCGGGAACGGGCCACGGAUGUUCUGUGGGCAGGGAAGUUCCUGAAGCUGAAGAAAGGUGCAGGAAGCCGGCUUGGGCUGGAGAGGAAGAGUGUGGAGAAGGAGGUGGAGAUCCUGCAGAGCCUUCAGCAUCAAAACAUCAUGGCUAUCAGAGACGUCUUCGAGAGCAGGGCCGAGGUCGUCCUCAUCGUUGAGCUCAUAAAGGGUGGCGAACUCUUUGAUUUCAUUGCUGAGAAAGAAAACCUGACGGAGACGGAGGCCAUUGAAUUUAUGAAGCAGAUUCUGGAUGGUGUAAACUACAUGCACCAAAAAAACAUUGCCCACUUUGACCUGAAGCCGGAGAAUAUCAUGCUGUCAGACAAGCACGAUCCUCAUCCAGACAUCAAGAUCAUUGAUUUUGGCAUGGCUCACCACUUCAUUCAAGGAGAGGAGUAUAAGAGUUUAGGUGGAACCCCUCAGUAUAUUGCGCCGGAGAUCAUCAACUAUGAACCUCUCGGUACGGCUGCAGACAUGUGGAGUAUUGGUGUCAUUACCUACAUUCUUUUGAGUGGCCUGUCACCAUUCCAAGGCGAGACUGAUGAAGAGACGCUGAGAAACAUUGUGUCAAUGAACUAUGAGUUUGAGCCUCAUUUCUUCAGCCAAACCACCAACAUGGCCAAAGACUUCAUCCAGAAACUACUAGUUAAAGACCAGAGUGAAAGAAUGACAGCAGAAGAGUGUCUCAUUCACCCCUGGAUUAAGCCUCUCAAUAGAACUCAGAUAGCGAAGAGGAACCGCUCCUCCAUCAACAUGAAGAACUUUAAGAAGUUCAACGCCAGGAGGAAAUGGAAGAUGUCCUUUAACAUGGUUUCGGCUUGUAACCGGUUUUGUCGACUGCAGAUACUGUGUAAAGCUCGUGGUCCAGAGCAACAAGAACUGAGAGACUGUGAGAGUGAUCAGGAGGACACGAGCACAAAACCAGCAUCUCUGUUACGCAGGCGGCUCAGUAGCAGCUCAUAAUUGUGACCUCUAGAGGGAGUCAGAAACACAAGCAUCUCCAUGUGAGGAUAAGGCAGCAGCAGCGCUCAUUCAACCCAACAGGGGGAGACCGGCCCAUCCACAGGCCAAAAACACAAGCGAUUGCUCAUAUCCAGUUACAGCGGAUGAGGUGAUCUGAAGGAGGAACGGGGAUCAUUGUGGCUUUCAAUUCUAAUAUGCAAGCAUGUUCAUAGUGUUCUACCUCUGACAGACUGAGUGUGACACCUCUACCUGAAGUGCUGUUGACAGAAUGGUCGGCUCUUGUGAAGGAUGUACCUACAAACAUUAAGUUCUCCUGUUUUUAGCUGUGGAUUUAUUUUUAGUGGGAUUACAACUUUAGUUUAGGGGUGCACUUAUAUAUUUAUGCCAUAUACAGUUUUAUUAUAAAAUGUAUGCAAGAUUAUUAGAAAUAAUUAGCCCUCCGGUGAAAUUUGUAUUCUUUUUUCAAAUAUUUCCCAAGUGAUGUUUAAUAGAGCAAGGAAAUCGUAUGGUGUUUCCUAUUAUAUUUUAAUUUUCUUUUGGCUGCAAUACAAAAUAUAUAUAGUAAUAUAAUUUUUAGAGGAUCCGGCCGAUGGUUGAACCUAGAAUCCAGGAGGAACAAUGCGGUUUUCGUCCAGGCCGUGGCACACUGGACCAGCUCUAUACCCUCACCAGGGUGCUCGAGGGUUCAUGGGAGUAUGCCCAACCAGUCCACAUGUGUUUUGUGGACUUGUAGAAGGCAUUCGACCAUGUCCCUCGUGGCAUUCUGUGGAGGGUGCUCUGGGAGUAUGGGGUCAAAGGCGCUUUGUUAAGGGCUGUCUCGUCCCUGUAUGAAAGAGUAGGAGUUUGGUUUGCAUUGCCGGCAAUAAGUCAAACUUGUUUCCAGUGCAUGUUGGACUCCGGCAGGGCUGCCCCUUGUCAACAAUUAUGUUCAUAGUUUUUAUGGACAGGAUUUUAAAGCACAGCCUUGUUGGCUUCAUCGAACAUGGACCUUCAGCAUGCACUGGGGCACUUUGCUGUCAAGUGUGACGUGGCUGGGAUGAGAAUCAGCACCUCCAAGUCCGAGGCCAUAGUGCUCCACUGGGAAAAGGGUGGUUUGCCAUCUCCAGGUUGGAGAAAAGUCCUUACCCCUUACCCCUGGGUGAAGGAGUUCAAGUAUCUUGGGGUUUUGGCUUGUUCCACCAGAAGGAGGCCUCGGGGAAGACCCAGGACACGCUGGAGGGACUAUGUCUCUAGGCUGGCCUGGGUAUGCCUCGGGAUCCCCCUGGAGGAGCUGGAGGAAGUGUCUGGGGAGAGGGACAGGAGUAGUCUCCUUAGACUGCUGCCCCCACGACCCGGCCCUGGAAAAGCAGUUGAAAAUGAUAUGACAUGACAUGACAUAUUGUUAGCUACAUUUUUCUGAUUGGCUACAUAAAAAGCCAUGGUUGUCCAAUGACUUAAAUACUUAAAAUAACUAGUACAAUAUUAUGUACUGUCAUCAUGGCAAAGACAAAAAAAUAUUAAUUAGAAUUUAGUUAAUAAAACUUUUAUGUUUAAAAAUGUGUUGGGAAAAAAUAUCCGUUAAACAGCACUUGCAAAAAUAAAUGAAACUGAAUGAAUGUUUCACAGGAGGAGUAAAAAUUUUGCAUAGAUAGAUAGAUAGAUAGAUAGAUAGAUAGAUAGAUAGAUAGAUAGAUAGAUAGAUAGAUAGAUAGAUAGAUAGAUAGAUAGAUAGAUAGAUAGAUAGAUAGAUAGAUAGAUAGAUAGAUAGAUAGAUAGAUAGAUAGAUAGAUAGAUAGAUAGAUAGAUAGUGCAUUUCAACAAAAGUAAAAAAUAUAUACCUUUAGUUAUGCUCAAAGACAAUGGCCUGUUUACACCUGGCUACACUCUCAGAAAUAAAGGUACAAAAUCUGUCACUGGGGCAAUAGUAUCUGGAUGCAGCCUUUAUGAUGCAUCUCUCAGCGAUGCAAUGUCAAACAUGACAGAUUUUGUACCUUUAUUUCUGAGUGUGUACUAUUUAGCAACUUUCAGUAGAAAGUUAACUCAUAUCCUGAUAUCAGACAUACAAAUCAUUUAUAUACAGAUGAAGUCAGAAUUAUUAGGCCCCCUUUGAAUUUUUUUUCUUUUUUAAAUAUUUCCUAAAUGAUGUUUAACAGAGCAAUGAAUUUUUCACAGUAUGUCUGAUAAUAUUUUUUCUUUUGGAGAAAGUCUUAUUUUUUUUAUUUCGACUAGAAUAAAAGCAGUUUUUAUUUUUUUAACACCAUUUUAAGGUCAAUAUUAUUAGCCUCUUUAAGCUAUUUUUUUUUCGAUAGUCUACAGAACAAACCAUCGUUAUACAAUAACUUUCCUAAUUACCUUAACCUGCCUAGUUAACCUAAUUAACCUAGCUAAGCCUUUAAAUGUCACUUUAAGCUGUUUAGAAGUGUCUUGAAAAAUAUCUAGUAAAAUAUUAUUUACUGUCAUCAUGGCAAAGAUAAAAUAAAUCAGUUAUUAGAAAUGAGUUAUUAAAACUAUUAUGUUUAGAAAUGUGUUGAAAAAAAAAAUCUUCUCUCCGUUAAACAGAAAUUGGGGAAAAAAAUAAACAGGGGGCUAAUAAUUCUGACUUUAACUGUACAUAGGUCUAAACUUUACUUUUGAAUCUUGAACCUCGUCAAGCACAGUGGAUGGUAGACUGAUGAGUGAGUUUAUACACUACAAAUGCCAUGUGGUCAUAUAUGCGUUUCUGACUACCUCUGUAAUGUGGUUUAAAAUGAUUGAAUAAUAAAACAUUUCAUAUUUCACUCAUGAAUGAAUUGAAUUGGAUCCUAAAGGAGCAGCACCCAAAGAUUUACUCACCAUUUACUGACACUCUAGUGUUUGUAACUGAAUUUCUUUCUUCCGUUAAAACCAAAACAAGAUACUCAGAAGAAUGUUGAAUAGAAAAGCAUUCAUUGAAAAUGCCAGUUUUUUUUCCAACGUUCUUUAGUAUACCUUCCUUUGUGUUUAACAGAAGAAAACUUAAAGGUGAGGAAAUGAUAACAGAAUUUAAAUUUUUGGGUGAACUAUUUCUUAUAAACCAGGUGUAAAUGGGUUAAAACCAAAAUUUAAGAAAGAUCUUUUGGCUAAGUGUCUUAAAGGGGUAGGUAGUUCACCCCAAAAUUAAAACUGUCAUUAUUUGUUCACCCUCAUGUCAUUCCAAACCUAUUAGAAAUCUGUUCAUCUUCCAAUCACAAAUGAAAAUAUUCACAUGGAUUAACAUUUAAGCAAUGUUUGGCUAAUGUUUACAGCAAUCUUUUGGCCACAGAAGCAGAAACAUGCUUGCUUUAUUCCAGAACCAAUAAGGUUUGUUUGAGCUUCUACAAAAACCAAUAAGGUUUGUGUUUGUACGUCAGGCAAGUAUGGUUAAACUUCUGUUUAUAUUUGCUGAUAAAUAUGUAAAUGUGUAUAAAAGUCUGCUUAUGUAAAUCAUAGAUAUGUUUUGAACCUGUAUGGCCAACUCAAUUCAUAUUUAGUUUUUUAAUUUAGGAACAUUAUAAAGAAUCUUUUAGUAGGAUGACCAGAUUUAAGGUCUAUUGUCCCUGACUGGAGUCAAGGCACAGUAUGUAAGAUUUUUACAAUUGAAUUAUCCAAAAACCACCAGAACAUUGUUAUAUAUAUUUGCUGUGUGUGUUGCGGGAGGAGUGGGGCACAUAACGGAUGAUGAUUGGCAUGUGUGUAGGAGUGGGACAACCACAUAACUGAUGAUGAUUGGCUAAAAAUGCAGGUGACAGGCAGAUGGAGCCACUUCUUUAAAGAAACUAAAACUUAAAAAUGUUAGCAAUGUUCUGACAUGGAGAAAUAAUCAAUAUUCGCAAAACCAGUCAAUCGUGUUAGCAUAUUUUAAUUAAGUACUUUGCAAUCACAUUUCCAAAUCAUCAGCUUGCUGUGAAUGAAGCCGGGAUCCGGCCAUACAUCAGCAGUGAGAGAAAACGCAUUAUUUAUUUUUUGACUUUUUAUGGCCAGUUGUUGUAAACAAAAAAUUCAAAACCAUCUAUUAUGCUUUAUUAUUCCACUAUAGAAAUGUUUAUAUUUACAAUAAAACAAUACAUUUGAUAAAUUGUCCCACAGCAACAAUUAAAUUGUAUAUUAUUAGUGUAAAAUGUUUGAUAAUAAUCAUUUAUUUACCCAGCAGGUACACAACAUCAUAAUAUGUUAAUAUUGGGUUAGAUUUAGGUCAUGACGUCAGCUGACCAAAAUCCAAUGUCUAGCUAGCGUCUAAGGACAACGUUAUUUUGACGUCCAAUAACAAUGUCAAAUUACGUUGAUAUUUGGUUGAUUUUAGGUUGUGUUGGAAAGCGACCAAAAUCCAACGUCUGAUAGAUGUCAUGGUGGUAACGUCAACACAACGUCAAGGUGUAACAUGAUUAGACGUUGAUAUUUGGUUGAUUUUAGCAUGUGUUGGAAAGUGACCAAAAUCCAACAUCUGAUAGAUGUCAUGGUGGUAACGUUUACACAACAUCAAGGUGUAAAAUGAUUAGACGUUGAUAUUUGGUUGAUUUUAGGUUGGACAUUGGACAUUGAUGUUGGGUUCUGACAUCAAACCGAUUUUCAUUUCCAAACAAAAUCCAAUGUCACCACAACGUUGGGAUACAUUCAGUUACAACGUCAAUAUGACGUCAUGUUGACGUCCUGUGCCCGCAGGGUAAUUUAGCGUCCAUUUUAUAAGACAAAUAGUAAUUUGUUGGACACUUUUCUUUUAAAAGUAACUCAAUAGUUAUUUUCCCUGGUACUUAGUUACUUUUAUAAUGGUGAGUCCUAUAGGAUGCAACAAAGACCACAACUCCCAUGAUUCCACACUAAAGGCUGAUUUAUACUUCUACGCCGUGUCAUAGGCAUGACCCAUGGCGCCUGCCUUGUGCAUAGCCGUGCAUUUAUAGUUCUGCAUGCUGUUUGUGUUGCUUUGCAAUAACGCUUCUGAAACGCUAGCUGGCAUUAGGUUAUGUUAUGUUCCUCUGUGUCGAGUUUCUUCGUGAGUAUUUUGUUUUUUCUGAGUGCUAGAAGUAGCUAAAACUUGCUCAUUCAGAGGUGGGACGUGAAACAACAUCAUCAAAAUAUGCCUGUUUGUUUGCUCCCUCUAGUGGUGAAAAUUACAUACUGUGUCUUUAAUUUAAAAAAUUACCAUUUUUAAAACUUAUAGAAUAAUCAUAAGUGAUAUUUUAAUUUGAUUUUGAACAUUGAAAUAGAAAAUUUACCCGUUUUUACAAUAAUUUUAGGUGACAGAUAUUGAGUGAUUAAAAACCUCUUAGACUCGAUUAGAAAAAAAAGUCAUUUUUGUUAUGAAGAUGAACAAUUGUCGGAUAUGUUUGGAAGUACAUGAAGGUGAGUUAAUGAUAAAGUAAAUUCAAACUAUGAUCUACUUUUAACCAAUAUUUUUUCUAUUAGAGACCCAACCAUAUUCAUAUUGUUAUUGGUGGAUUCAUCCAGUUGCCUUUCAUUAGUUUGACUCAACUGUAGUUCAAAUUUUGUGCAAUAUUUUGUGUUUAAUAUCUAGUCAGGCAUCUUCAGUACGGUCAUCUCCGGGCAAUGAUGGUUGCUGUUAUAAAUUGCGUUUGACGUGUAAAGCAGUUAACUGCUUUACAACUUCUCGACUUUACUCUGUCAUGUUUGAGCAACAGAGAUUUCACGUGAAGAGCCGCUUUAUAUGUACUUGAAUGGUGUCACGCAGUGUUGAGCAAACUUAUAAAAUGCUGCUUGAAUUAUUCUAGACACUAAAUAUUGCCUUUACUGUCAAACUAUAUUAAGUUAACUGUUGAAAGUGCUGAACAUAUUUAAUGUAAAAAAAUAUACCAACAACAUUUUUUUUCCCUAAACAAUAUCGGUCUUCCUUGUAGGUUUAAAGUCUUCCAUUAUCCAGACAUUACAACAUUUUACCUUCUUACACUGUUGCCUAUAUUCAAUUUGUAAUGUGAAUACCGCACAAAUUCUAUAUUGUUGUCAUGAUAUAUUUUGUAUACUAUAUUAAACUAUAGACUUGCAAGAAUGUUACCGUGUUUUCUGUUAUGUAACUUUUGGCUGGGUUGUAAUUCGCUAACAUCACAAUUUAAUGUAUCACAUGUGUCAACAGAUAACUGGUUUAUUUAUGUUUUUGAAUAGAGCAUGUCAGAUUAGUGAGUGUGUUUUUAUCUGAAUGAGGCGACGUUCUCGCUGUAUCAGAUUUUAUUAUGCAGUAUUUGUGUGUCCCAUUUGCUUGUGUGUUUGCAAAUGUUUAAUAAUUUUUGUGUGUGUGUGUUAUUUGAUGCUGUUGUCUUUUAAAAAUGUCAUUUGGUAAUUCGCUGCAUGCGGUUUUUAUACUUUGUGUGAUGUCAGGUAUGUCUUGGUUUACUUUAUUCUGCUUGGUGUAAAUAAAAAGCAGUUUGUCCUUUAAUUAAA